CACGCGAUAAUUGUCUGAAAUCUAAAAGUAGUGGAUCGUCGCUGCGAUGUUCCUGGCCGGUUUGUGCGCCCUUUUUUAACGUUGUAAAAGCUGGAGAAGUACAACGUAGUUACGCAUUUCUAUUGUUCACGAUUACAGAAUACUGUUUAAUUAAAUAAUUAAAAAUGGUUAACGUCAUGAAUAUGUCUCUCGGUUCGCGAUGUGUCAAAUACUUAAUGUUUGUCUUCAAUCUAUUCUUUGUUAUAACAGGAAUAGUUUUGUUAUCCAUCGGUGCUGUUAUUCAUGGAGUGUAUCACGAUUACCAACAUUUCUUAGACAAUAAAUUUUUAUCUGUUCCCUCAUUAUUGAUUGCGGUCGGUGCAAUCAUCUUUUUCAUCGCCUUUUUCGGAUGCUGCGGCGCUGUUCGUGAAAACUAUUGUAUGAUAGUUACGUUCACGUCGUUAUUGGUCAUAGUUUUCAUUCUCGAACUCUCAGGGGGUAUAUCUGGGUAUGUUUUAAGGGCAAGAGCAUCAUCGGUCGUUCAGGACAAAAUGAAAGAUACGAUGCAAUUUUACAACGGAUCGAGUAAUAAGGAAAUAACAACGAUUUGGGACAACCUCCAGCGCGAUUUCGAUUGUUGUGGAACAAACGGCCCAUCUGAUUGGACUAAUGCCACACUGCAUACGAAGGGCAUUCCUAUCUCUUGCUGUAGCGAGGAAAUAGGAGCUAUAGGACUGACAUAUUGUAACGACACGGCACCUACUCUGCACAAAGCUGGCUGUUACCCUGUGUUUCUUUCUUACGUCAAGUCGCACGCUGUGCAACUUGGCAGUGUUGGCAUCGGUAUUGCUGUUAUUCAGGCAAUCGGAAUUUGGUUCUCGAUUUAUUUAGCACUAUCGAUAAAGAAUAGUUACGAAAGUGUGUAA